AUGGCUACCACCACCACCACCAUGACAAUGACGGCCCCCACGCCCGCUGCUCCCAUGCCGGUAGCGCCCUUGCAAUCCAGAGUCACUCGUCCAGACAAGCCACUCCCAGCUUAUCUCUCAGAACAGGCUGCAAAGACAGUGAGGACUCCUUUCGACCCAGCCAAACACCUGGAUUUCAUUCCUCCCCAGAAGGUGGUCACCAUGAAAGAUAUCGGGCUGGAGGGUCAUGGGAUCUCGCCUUUAGCAGUGUCGGAGCCUUUUCGUCUUUUCACCAACGAAGCCAUCGAGCAAUUCCGAGCAGAGAUCUUCAGCAAGCCCGUGCUGGACAAUUAUCAAUGUUCGUCGAGUUUUGCUUCGAAUAUGAUCCGUUCAUAUGCAGCUGAAUAUGGUCCAUUCGCGUAUAGUGUGUGGCACCACCCGAAAGUGCUUGAGAUCGUGUCCAAGGUCGCUGGCGUCGACCUCACCGUCGCGAUGGACAUUGAUGUCGCGCAUAUCAAUGUGGCUGUGAAUGAUGAGGAGGUUUCCGCGUCGGCAGCUGAACAACAGCAAAAAGCGGCCGAAGUAGCAGGAAAUGAAAGGCCGGUAUUUAAAUGGCACUAUGACAGCUACCCUUUCGUCAUCGUCACCAUGUUGUCCGACUGCACAGACAUGAAAGGAGGAGAAACGGCACUGCGGACUGCUUCAGGCGAGGUAAUGAAAGUGCGAGGUCCAUCAAUGGGCACUGCAGUUGUCAUGCAAGGACGUUAUAUCGAACACCAAGCCCUAAAAGCGUGGGGAGGUCGGGAACGAAUCAGCAUGGUCACCUCGUUCCGACCCAAGUCGCCGUUCAUCAAAGAUGAGACAGUGCUUGCCGGUCUUCGCGGUAUCACUGACUUGAGUCUUCUCUACCACCAGUAUGCCGAGUAUCGGUUCCAAGUGCUUGAAGCGAGAUUCCGCGAAAAGCGUCAGAUGCUGCUACAGAACUGGAACGAUACAGGCAAAUUUGACUUGGAAGACACGCGAUCAUUUAUUGAUGGGCAGAAGCGCCAUCUGGAGGAUCUGUUGAAAGAGCUGGUGCCUUACCCUCAAUAG